AUGACACCUUCACGGCGGGACUCAUGGCCACCAACCCUGGUGCGCCUCGCCCCGACAAUCCCCAAGGACUACCCAUCCCUCGACGACAUCGACGAGGACCCCUUGACCUAUUUCCUAACACCCGCGCCCGAUCUGGAGGAGGAAGACGAGGACGACAUGACCAUGAUGGACUUUGACGCCGGCAUCGAAGACGACAGCGAGCGGGAGAUCGUCCGGAGCGUCAGCCCCUCAAGCCUAGACGGGCUAAACAAGUCCAAAUCCCGAAGCAAGUCGCCGCCCGUCCCCGACCUCUCGGACCUCGCCACGCCGGACAAGGACGACGAGGAGGAAGAUUACAUCCGCUUCGCGCCGCAAGGGUUCAUGAUCCCCUUUAGCCUGCGCGAUUUCGCCAUCGACGGCCUCAAGUCCAUGGCCAAGUCCAAGUCUCGCCCUUCCGAGCCAUCGGACAACAACGUGCUUCUCUCGCCGUCGUCGUUCCCGCCUACCCGGGGCCGGCAGCGCACGACGUCGUACCGGCACCACCGGCCGCAGCACGUCUGGCGCGAGCCGAGCCCGGAUGUCUGGUCUAUUGAGGAGGAGACGGAGGAGGAGCUCCUGAGCGAGAUGGGAAGCAGCGUCGGCGCCGUGAGCGAUUUGGAGCAUGACACGGAAGAUGAGACGGAGGAGGAUGCGGCGGCGACGUAUCCGGACAAGAGCGGAGAUGUACAGGCUGCGAAGUCGAAGAAGAAGGUCCGGUUCCUGUUGCCCUCAUUGGAGUGA